AUGAAUUGUAUGGAUGCUGAUUUUUCUUCUAGGCCACCCAAGUAUAAGCAAGCUCAUAUUAGAUUCUUUCCUGGAUUAGAAAAAUAUUUACUUGAUUACUUGCAUACAAGAAGGUACCUGAAACAAUACAUUGGUUCAUUAACGGAGGUAAAACUUUCCUUCAUUCCAAAGGAGAAACAGUUUUUUCAAACUUUGGAUAUCGAUAAGCCAUUACAGAUAUUUUUUAACAGAUCAUGCGUAGACCUUAUCAAUAAAAAUAUCCAUCGUACUAUUGAAUCAUUACUGAAUUUAUGUAUUGUCACAGGUGAAUAUCCAAUUAUAAGAUAUUCAGCACCAUCUGCAGAACUUGCAGCAUUGACUCCACCAACAAAAUUGGCAACGAAAUUGGCUCAAGAAUUUCAAUUGGCACUUGAUGCUUACGCUCGUGCUAACGAAUCGUUCCCACCUCCAUCAGAUAGACCAAGAGCCGUAAUGAUAAUUACAGAUAGAACGUUAGAUUUAUUUAGUCCCAUUCUGCAUGAUUUUAAUUAUCAAGCUAUGAGUUAUGAUGUGAUUCCAGAUAUAGAAACAAGAACCGAUAUUUAUCAUUACUCUGCAGAAAAUGAACUGGGUGAAAAGGAAGAAAAGACGUCCAAACUACUAGAUAUUUGUGAUCCCGAUUGGAUAGAACUAAAACACCAGCAUAUCGUGGAUGCAAAUGAGUAUUUAUCGGGUAAGAUUAAAGAAAUGAUUGCGAAGAACCCUUUGCUGGUAGAUAGAGCUAAUGUGAAGAAUACGACUGAUUUAUUGAGUGUCGUAGCACAUUUGAAAGAUUUCGAUGAAGAAAGAAGAAGGCUAAUUUUGCAUAGAACUUUAAUCGAUAGUUGUCUAGAGGUCAACCAAGAACGAAAAUUGGCUGAAUUAGCUGAAGUCGAACAAGACCUUGCCGGGUUCGGUUUAGAUAUCGAUGGUGAGAAAGUUAAACACAUUACUGAUUCCCUCUUAAGGAUAUUAUUAUCCAAAGAAGCAAUUGUGACGGAUAAAAUCCGUUAUAUAAUGGCAUAUGCUCUAUACAGAGGUGGUAUAAUCGAGACAGAUUUUAUUAAAUUAUUGGCAUUCAUUGGUGUUGAUACGCAGCAUGAAUAUUUUCCUCAUUUCAUGCUACUAUUUAGGAACUAUGAAUUAAUAGGGUUCAAACUAAUUAAAGAGGAGCCACGUAAUAAACCUUUCAAAAAGGAAUGGUUUCAUGACACAAUUGUGAAAGACUCUUCCAUUUACACAACUUCGAGAUUUGUCCCAGCUGCAGGAAAUAUUCUUUCGAAGGUGAUAGCGAAUCCUUUACUUUUAACAGAAGAAAGCUUUCCUUACGUAAAGGAUAAACCAAUUGAGUUAUUAGAUGAAGAAGAACGUGAAAUGGCAGGAUCAAAUGCAUCUGCAUAUAAUUCAGCUUCUCUAAGAAAUCCUCGUCAUAAGGCAUCUUGGACAAAACAUGGAAAUGGAACCAAGGCAAAUACACCAAGACAACGAUUCUUCUACUAUGUAUUGGGCGGGAUUACAUAUCCUGAGAUUAGGGCAGCAUAUGACCAAUCAAACUUAAAAAAUAGAGAUGUCUUUAUUGGCAGUGACGGGAUCAUUACACCAUUAGCUUUUAUGAGAAGUGUAGAAUUUUUAACAAGGCCAAGAGAAACGUUACAAUUAAUGGACGAUCAAAAGGAAAAGAAAAGAUACCUGAAUUUCUAUAUAGUUCCCAAGCUCCUAUUGCUCAACCAGUGUCUCAUGUUUACAGACGUAGUGAGCACAAACCAGCACCUAGAGCUGUAA